AUUCUCGCUUCAUUUAACCUAAAAAUUGCUGCGUUAUAAAAUUGAGGAAAACAGUCUUUGAGCUUUUCUUUAGCGCCUGUUAUGGGCGCUGGUGGUGUCAGUGGGGAGCUAAGAGAACAUUCAGAGCACGUUGACGCGAUAUUGAGGACGCAUUUUAAUGUAGCGAACGGCCAAAGUGCAUCAUUUACACAAUCCUUUUCAAACCGGACGAGUCAACCUUCCACAAGUAGUCGUAAUUUUCCGGUCAAUGAUAUCGAGGAGAUGACGUGUUUUAGCUGCAACACCAACUUUACGAUCUUUAAGAGAAAGGUAAUAACAUUAAGUUAAAGAUUUGGGGAAUUUAAGGUGACUUAUUUUCGUGAGAAAAUGAGAUGGUACGACCCAUAUGAUCUCUCACAGACGAACAGUGCAGUAUUCCACAGAGUUCAUACACUUUGACGUAUAUCAUCUUGUCAAAGCAGAUGUUGGUUGGAAAAAUCCUACAGUAAUUCUAUCCUUUUUUAUGUUUUUUUUAAAUCUUAUUGUGCGUCCAGUUAAAAAUGAUAAGUUGAUAACAAUCUUCUAGGUGUGCUAGUUAAAUCACAAGAUGCAGAGGCUUAAAUUCAUUUUUUAAAUAUCUUUAUUAAUAAGCUUGAGUAAAAUUGUUCACAAACGUGUCAAUUAUUUAAUGUUUCGUCAUCCAACGUAACAGUCCAAUCUAAUUGUUUGUUUAGAGUUCUUAUCUUUACUGAUCUGUCUUUGAUUGGAGAGGAAAGAAAGUUGAGCUAACAAGGAACAACAGUCCUGAAGUUAAUUUAAACACAAACAAACAAACGAUUUUAAUUAAUCUUUGUAUAUCACUGUUUUGCGUCCAAAAGAGUGAAGUUUGCUCUAUAUCUUUUUUCUUUUAUUGAGCUUGAUAUUGGGUGUGUACGUGAUGUUAUUUUUAAUACCAUAACCUUGCGGAGGAAAAAAAGUGUAUUAAUUUCAUACUUUCAUUCAUUUCCUAGUAUCAAUUUUUUUUUUAAAUUUUGUACCCAGCAUUAGAGGGAACAGUGGCAAUUUUUUGUCUUGAUCAAAAUUUUGAAGUUUCUUUCUUGUGUUUGCAAAGUAAUGUAUGGCUAAUACUGCAGUGCAAAAAAUAAAUAAGUGAGUAAUGAUAAAUAACAACAUAUGUUUGAUAUGGGCUGUUUUUGUACUAGAGGAAAUUCUCAGUAUAUAUACAUUAAGACCCCAAUAUUGCUAACUCCUCGCUAAAUCAAACUAAGUCCAAUUUCCCUUGGAUUUCAACCCUCUUUUCAAUCAUUUUUACUCAGUUAUUUCAAACUUGAAUUCCCUGCUAACUUGAACUAAAUCUCCUUUCCCAUGAUCAAAAAUUCACUGAAUUUUGCCCUGAUAACUCAAAUUCUGGUUCCUUUAAUUUCACUUGGAUGCCAUCCCAUUAGCUCUUCUUGUUGUGUAGGGGUAAAAACACUAAAACUAACAUGGGCUUAUAAUACACAAUUUGAUUCUAAUUGGUGCAAUGAACCGAUCACAUUUUAUCAUAAAUAAUGCCUAGUCAUGUUGCCAUUUCUGAUGAAAUAAGUUAAGUUGCACUGCACUAUUCACUGAAGUGCUGAAAAAUCAGUAACCAUUGAUUUUUUAACAUGGCAAAUUGAAUUUUGCAAUGGACCCCAAUAACUUGAAUCCCUGCUAACUCUAACUGUUUUUUGUUUCCCUUCAGAGUUGGAGUUACCGGGGUUCUACUGUACUGGAAAUAACCCAGAGCAGUGAAAUGUUUUAUAAUUGUCCACGUGUUUAAGAUGUCCUCUAGUAUAAAUACGGCCUUUGUCUUGCUAUUAAUAAUUUUUUGCCGGAUCUGAACUCAGGACUGCCAGGAUUGCAAUCUAAGGCACUGACCACUUGGCCACAUUGCAUCCCCAAAUACACAUGCCUAAAUAAAAAAUUAUUUAAUUGUGGGUGACCACAGGAAUCAGCAAUCCUAACCUCCAGGGCCCAGUUGUUCGAAAGUCGAUUAGCGCUUAACCCAGAGUUAAAUUUAAUCCGUGUUUCUUUUUCUUGUGUUCAAAAGUAUUUUCUGGGAUAAUUUUCUCUGUUAUGUUUAGAGCUUCCAAACAUCAAUGUGUAGACAGAAAGAAUUAAAACUGAAGUGGUUUUUAAGCUUUCAAAUCCGAAUUCAAAUCUUGCGCUAACCCUGGGUUAUCUUAACCUAGCUUUGAACAACCUAGCCCAGGUUGCUAUUAUACACAGAUGCUGCACGUAUGUAGCUGAAUAAAAUGCAUAGAACACUAUCUGAUCUUGCGCAGUUGGACCUUCUAACACUCUCUUAACCUAAUUAUGCACAAUUUGACCUUCUAUUAAGUGAAAAUUGCAUGGAAAGCACAGCGUUAAAGCAAUAGCAUUUUGACCUUGAUCAACCUUGCCUGCACUUAAUGACCUUUGGUCAUUUUUAGUAAUAAUAUUUAAUGUUAUGAGACAUUACACAGAAAAGGUAUGGGUAACGCAGUAUCAGAUGCAUUGUAGGUAACAAAAGUAAGUAUUGUGAUGUAGUCUUUCUGUAUGUUUUUCUUCCAGAAUUUAUGUGGGAAUUGCAAAAGACAUUACUGCAGUGAAUGCUUUGCCAAAGAAACAAAAUUUGUUCCAGGAGAGAACAUCAGAAAUUGCUUGAAAUGCAGAGCUCUGCAGUAUCCUAUUGCCUACAGGGAUCACUUGAAGAGGCUGAAAGUAAGAGAUCUUCAAGAAUAUUUGAGAGCACGACAGAUCUCCACGAACCAAUGUAAAGAGAAAAGGGAUCUUGUAGAGUUAAUUUUGCGGCAUGCUGAAGAAGGGUCAAACAUUCCUCCGUCUAUGCCACCCUCUCAGCAAGGACAACACCACAGUCAAACAAACACUCAAUCACAGAGGACAGCUGGGCAACAAGGGAGCUCAACCGCUCAGCCACAGCCAAAUGUUCAGCCUGUGCAGGUAGUCAUAAAAUUUUUGUUGUUAAUCUAUAAGGGCUUUUUACCACCUGUGACUAAAGUUUUUCUCAGGUGUGCAGCAUUUGUUGCAGCUGAAAUAGGAGACAACACCAGGGUGCAAAGAAAGUGAGUUUUUACGGCUUGCCAUUCAGGCAAGAGUCUUUUAAGUACCCCAAACAUUUUUUUGAUGAGCAGCAUUGGUUGUAGUUCUUCUGUAAUUUGAAUUUCCCAAAAAACUUCACUUGCCCUUUGGGCAAGUUAAGAACAGGAUUCACUAGCCCGAUUGCAACAUCCACUGGCCCCAGGCUACCGGACACGACUUUCUUCGCAUGCUGCAAAACACAAUUCCACUUAAUACAUUAAGUACAGUGAAAGCUCUCAUAACUGGACACCCUCGGGAUGCGAAAAAGGUAUCUGUAACUGCGGCUGGCCCCUUACUGGAAUGUAAAAAUACAGAGUUUGUGUGAGAGUGGAGAAAAACGGCGUUUUGUGAAGGUGGCCAUGAGUAGAGCUUUCUGGUUAUGAGAGUGUCCGUUAGGUGAGCUUCCACUGUAUAGACUUUCACAAAAAGUGUGCCUCUAACUAUCAUUAUCAGUCCAUUUGUGCUCUCACCGUUAUCCAUGUAACCCUGUGUAAUGUAGGCUACUUUGUCUUCUUGUUUUCAGGUGCGUCCAUCGGCUCCCCCAUCCUCUGUAUGCAAGAGUCUAAGUCAGAUUCAAAACAUCGACGAAGUAGAGGAUCUCUCAGUGAAAGAGCUGAAGUGUAUUCUUUCUGCUAACUUUGUGGACUUCAAGGGAUGCUGUGAAAAGAAAGAACUCUUAGAUCGGGUCAGGACUCUUUGGAAAUCCAAACAGGAGGUGAACAAAAAGAAAAGUAAGUCCUGGGUUUUGGCAUUGUUAACGGGAUUUUGUCACAAAUAGUUAUGGUGAGUCCCAGGACUCAUUUUGUAGAAAAAUCAUUAGUCCCUGUCCAUAACCAAUGAGUCCCAGUUCAAAAAAACAAGGAAUUCUAAAUUGACAAUGCUUGGGCUUUUAUGUAACCAGACAAUAUUAUUAGUCUGGAGACAGAUGUCAAAAGUCUUUAUUACAGUUUAUUGAAAUUAAAAUAUAGUCCUUCUAGAUGUAUCUAAAGCACAAAAAAGACUAAAGCAAAUAUGCAUCUUUAUCAACAGCCAUAGAAAUCACACAAACAGGAUAUUCUACCAAAAAAUCUUAAAAUCAAUUGAACAUUCUUUGCGUCCUACGGGAUGCACGCCACAAAUUAUUUUGCGUCUUUGGGAAUUCAACGCAUCAGGGACGCAGACAUAACAAAAUUACUAGUAUUAAUUUUAAAAGUAUCAUGAUAAAUUAUAUUGAUCAAAUAGACUAACAGACAUGCUUCCUACCCCUGCCAGGCCAGCAUUUAAUCUGUUUAUCCAGCUGGUUCAAUAAAGGUUGCUUUGGGCAUUGGGAAUUGGGCAAUAGGAAGCUAUUCUUUGGUGAUCACUCAGGCGAAUUAUUACUUUGUUUGGUAUGCCCAAAUGCCCAAUUGCCAAUUCCCAAUGCCCAGAGCAACCUUUAUUGAAUCAGCUAUAUAUCCAGGGCGGUAGGAAUUUGGAAUCAGUCGUUGAAAUUGGGUUGUGAAAUUAAAUGCCCUUCUGGUCCGUUGGUGAUUAUCAUGGCGGGGCAAGGCUAAUGAGAGAUUUUAUUGAACUUCCAUUCCUUGAGAAGAAGAUUCAGCAACAACUAUUGUGGGAGUGCAAUGGAAGUGGACAACAUUUUCAAUUACAGUACAGGCCACAGGCAUUAUAGCACUUACACAUGUGUAAAUUGCGUGCAACAUGGCAGAUUUCCAGGCAAAAAACUUGCGUGUAAAUAUUUUGUACACAAACUCUUCAACGCAAAUUUUUGUGUAUUUUUAAGGUGACUAAUUUUGCUUGUAAAAAUACAUGCAACUUGUGAGUAUUUCUUCACAACAGCAAAUAUGGCUGAUGUAAAAUUAGAAACCGACUUUGUGGAAAAACGUCUUUUCGCGGUGAAAAAGAAAACAACUUACUAUACGCUUUCUCUUACUACGAACGUCAUGUGUUGUAAAUUAACAAUAAUGUUAUGUAUUAAAAUUCCUUGGCUGUUGGCUGAAGUGGGGUUUCAAAUUACAAUACGCUAUUUUACAUGUAAACUUGGACGCAUGUUACUUGCCUCGCUGACUGUAGUUUUGAAAUAAGUUUAAUAUUUCAGACUUCAGUACACUGUAUUUUUUAGACUAGCUACGUGCUUGGAUUUAUCGAGGGCAAAAUUAUAGAGUAGUGAUCUAAAGGGAAACGAAAAUUACUUCGAGUUGGCGAGGGUAAAAUUACAAUAACUGUUUGAAGGAAUUUCAGGGGAAGUCGACUUGAGUAAGCUCAACAUUCAAGUUAGGAGUCAAGAAAUCUGGAUGACUAAAUAGUUUGAUUUCACAUGGAAAAUCUUGCUACACAGGCUACUAGUUAAAGUAAGCCCUAACAUUUUCUCCAAAUUCAACCCAUGUGAGGUGGCUUGUACCAGUUUUCCUCUUUUUUGACAGUUUUAACUUUAAAAGGACAAAAUAAAAAAGCAAGCCAAAGCCAUAACAGCACUUUUGUAGAGUUGGAUUAUACAAAUUUGCUUGACUUAAAACAACCAUUAUUUUGUCAUUAGCAGUUACCAUGGCAACAUAUCUUAAGGAUUACUUAGAACUACUUUUUAGCUUCCAGCACUGAUAACUAGAAAAUUAAGCCAGUGACCCCUAAUUGUUUUGGAUGACAACUUUUGGCAUUAGAAAAGUAAAAUGCACAGUGAUUUUAAAAAAAUUAUGCAAGCAGAUUUUUUGCGAAAGUGGAAAAUACGACAUUUUUAUUCAGUAGAAACUUCCUCCUUAAAAUUUUUCCAUUUUUUCUCUGGCAUUUUCUUUCAACUCUAUCAGAUUAUUAAAACAAUAAAAAUAGAGGUAACCAGACUUGUUUCCUUGUAAAAUACUUCGAGAUUUCACAAAUUCCCCCGAGUGUUCUUGUGCUUGAGGAAAUGUAGCCAAUUUGCCUCACUAUUUUUCCCAUGAGUACUCGGAUAUUUUCCUCCAAGCCAGCUGUUUAGCAGACUGAAAAAAAAAAUGUUUCUCAACACAUCCUUUGUUUACCCAAAUUAAUAUAACUUUGUUGCUAACACUCUACAAAAAAACUGUUUGCAGGCUCAAUGGCUCCUGAUGAAGAAGACGAUUCUGAAGAGCAGUGUAAAAUAUGUAUGGAUGCGACUAUAGACUGUGUAUUACUUGAAUGUGGGCACAUGGUCACUUGUACAAAAUGUGGCAAGCAGAUCACAGAUUGUCCAAUAUGCCGCCAACAUAUAUCUAGGAUAGUACAUGUUUUUAAAGCUUAACACUUAAUAACAAUUAUUUAAAACAAAUGAUAAUAAUACUGUAUGCAACUGGUAUAUUUGUUUUGAGAAGUUGACAGUGCUUUUUGAAAAAUUUUUCAACCUGAAGUCUGUUUUUUAAUUAUCAUCCUAAUAGUUAUGAUGCAAAGCUCCCAAGCGAGUUUGAGGUGUUCUGUAAUAGUUUAUAUCCAUAGCAUUCAGUUACUAGUUUUUGGCUUUCCGUUUAAAGCCCCUUCUUAAGAUAAUAAAUUUUUUUGGUUGUGAACUUUGCAAUAUUUUGGUGUUCAGUGUCCCACACCCUUUAAAUAAAGUUCCAAUUUAAAAAAAUGGCUCGAGAAGAAGAGAGGGAGAUUGUGCUUGUAGCUAUGGUUACCUCUAUACAAUUCUCUCUUUUUGUGUGCCUGACGUGUCAGCCUAAGUGAUAUUGUGAAACUGCUUUCAUUAUAUUCUCGUUUUUGUUAAGUUUUUGGUAGUGAUCAUCUACAGGGAAACCAUAGCUGCAAAUAAUUUUACAUUUUUUAAAAGAAAGUAAUGCAAUUUGAAUUUUAUUUCCAAAUAAAUUCCUUGGACAAUAAUAUUAUAAAAGAAAUCUAGGGUUUCUCAGUCAUAUGUAACAAACCUAAAUUAAAAUGCUUCACAUAAUAAUUUUAAAAUUCUGAAAUAGCUUUUUUGUCUCAAAAUACCUUUAUUUUGUUAUUUAUUAGCAUUGUACCAUACUGUAACAUUAUUUUAAAGUAUUCCAUUAUCAAUGAAUUGUAGGUAUUUACUGGUCGUAGGAAUAGUGUGCUCCAAAAAAGGUCAUUUGAAGUAUAAUACAAGGAAAAUGUAAGAAAACUGAUUGUAUAGAGUUAUAUUUCUGGACACUUCAUUUGCAUGUGUUUUGUUGUUUUUAAAAGUUUAUAUCCGCAUAUGAAAUAUUGAGGAUCAUUCAAUUAAAAAAAAAACUUUUUGCUACCCUCCAAC